AUGCUCCAAUCGAAGCCGAUCUUCGCAGUCUUGCUAGCCGUGAGCUUCCUCUUCGGUGAAGCUCAUGGACUUCCCGGAACCUUUUUCCUGCGAGGCAAAGCCAUUGGCUAUGCAAGCGUCUCCGCAGAGCUGGGCGAGCGCAUCAAUAGAGAAGGCAACAGACUUCUCCUAGAGCGAUCACCACAAGAUGCUACAUUGGGACCUGGCUUCUACUUGUUAAACGAUCUUAACCGCUUGCCGCAUGUAGAUGGGAACUGGUAUUGUGCUGUCAGAGCGUCGAGGCGGAGGUUGAAAAAGAUCAACAAAGUCUACAUCCCGGAAUCUUGGACAAAUCCCCAAACGAAUAUGUUAGCUCGACUGUGGGGCCAAGGCGAGCGCACCAUUAUGGAUUAUAUCGUCAAAAUGGGAUUGGUGAAAGAGCCUGCCGAAGCGCUGCGCUUCUCGUGGGUUCAGGGUAUGUCACGACAGAUGCAGAUGCUGAUUCCAUCGAGUGUUUUUGUGCAUGACAAUUCAUUGGAUUUACGAGCCAAAUGCGAUGUGGAAAGAGAGUUUGUGAAAGGCUAUGGGGGAAAACCUGUUAAUUGGCAGGAUGAGGAUUAUUAUGAUAUUAAAGGAGAUAGUGGAACAGAGCCGGCUCAACGGAAUCAGUGA